AUUGGACUGAAUAUCCUGGCGUUUCAAUGAAACCUUGACUUCCUCUGUAACACAACAUCUCCCUCUAGUGGUCAGAAAUAGCAAAAAAUGAAAAAUCAUAAACCCAAAAUCGUAGCUCAUUAUCUCUAGAUAUGGUCCAAUAAUUUCUCUCCUUUACGAAUUCAGGUGAUUUUUGUUCCUGCAUGGAAAAAGGAUAAAUGAUGGCAACUUUACAAACAUAUGGACCAGUGUAGUUUUUGCUUGAGAGAAUUGAAGAGAACUACAGAAGAGGAAUAAUUUUUGUAAAGAAACACCCCAUAAAUAUCUAUAUCUGUGCAUAAAGAAUCAUCAACCUGCCCACACAGAUUCCACUAAUUAAUCUGGCCAUUGCUUUCCUACGUAAAUCCAUUCUCAUGUUCCUUCAGUGCUCCAGCUGGAGUUUCUCCCAUUGAGCUAGAUUUCUCCAGAAAGUCAACCAGGCUGAUCAGCGAAUAAUAAUAAUAAUAAUAAUAAUAAUCAUUAUUAUUUUCUGCACUGUUUUAGAACUGUAGUCUGAUUGUAGUUUGGUUACUUUUAUUUUUGGUCUAUUAAAUUAUGUUAUUCCACUAAUUUGGACUAUUGGAUAAACCAUUUGAGGCAACCUAUGUUUCCAAGCAUUUUUCAAGAUUUAAGUUUGGUCUUUUUCCUAAUAAUUACAUAGCUAUAAAAUAAAUCUAACUGCUUACAAAAAGGAAUGUAAACGUUAGACCAUAAAUAGAGUUGAGGACCCACCCCUCUAUGUCAUUACUUCAUUUCCUGCCCUUUUUUAUGAUCACCUAUUCAUGCCUGAUGUUGUCUCUCACUUUAAAUACAAAGAAUCAAAGGGCACAACCAGAGCAGUCAGCGCUGAGAUGCAGACUUUCAUAAUAAGCUAAGCAGGUCAUCUCUUCAGUUGAUCCAAUACAGGCCAACAUGAUUUCAGUAUUUCUGCUGGUGCUCUGUGUUGUCUUCCUUCUUUUUCAACUCAAACCUCAGAGACCCAAGAACUUCCCGCCCGGACCCCCCAGUCUGCCUAUACUGGGGAACCUUUGGAACCUGAACAUAAAGAACCCCUUAAAAGACUUUGAAAGGCUGAGGCAGUCCUAUGGAAACGUCUACAGUCUGUUUUUGGGUCUGAAACCAGCUGUGGUCAUCAAUGAGUUCAAGGCCAUGAAGGAGGCGAUGGUGGUCAAAGCUGCUGAUUUUGCUGGUCGACCCCAAAACAUCUUAGUUACUAACGUCACCGAUAGCAAAGGUGUGAUUAUGGUUGAUUAUGGCUCGCUGUGGAGGGACCAUCGGCGCUUUGCUCUCAUGACUCUGAGGAACUUUGGUUUGGGAAAGAAGUCAAUGGAGGAAAGAAUCCAUGAAGAGAUUCAGCACAUAAUUAAAACUCUAGAUGACAACAAUGGUAAAACUUUGAGUCCUCAGUUCCUGUUUCAUAAUGCAGCCUCCAACAUCAUCUGUAAGGUUCUGUUUGGAACCCGUUACGAGUACGAAGAUGAGACGAUCAAAAUUAUUGUCAGGUGCUUCACGGAGAUGAUCAAAAUAGCUAAUGGACCAUGGGCCAUGAUCUAUGAUUCAUUUCCUUUGAGCCGUCCCCUCCGGUUGCCCCACAUCAAAGCCUUUCAGAACAUGGAGACGUUUCUGAACAUUGCACGACGUUUGGUGAAUGAACACAAGAAGAGCAGAGUCCCUGGAGAGCCGCGAGAUUUUGUCGACUGCUAUCUGGACGAGCUGGAUAAGAGAGGUGAUGAUGUCACUUUUUCUGAGGAACAACUGACAAGAAUGACUUUUGACCUCUAUGCUGCCGGGACGGACACCACCUCCAACACCCUGCUGACCGGGUUUCUUUACCUCAUGAACUACCCUCACAUUCAAGAGCGAUGUCAGCAGGAGAUAGACCGGGUGCUGCAGGGACAUGAUCAGGUCACUUUUGAGGACAGGCACAGCAUGCCUUACAUGCAGGCUGUGAUCCAUGAAAUCCAGCGGAUUGCAAACACGGUUCCUCUCAGUGUUUUCCACUGCACCACAAAGGACACAGAGCUCAUGGGAUACUCCAUUCCUCAGGGCACAAUGAUCAUCCAGAACCUGACCUCAGUGUUGAGAGAAGAGGGACAGUGGAAAUUCCCUCAUGAGUUCAACCCUGAAAACUUCCUGAAUGAACAGGGAGAGUUUGUCAAACCCGAAGCCUUCAUGCCUUUCUCUGCAGGUUCUCGAAUUUGUCUUGGAGAGAGUCUGGCCCGCAUGGAGCUCUUCCUCAUCAUGGUGACUCUGCUGAAGAAGUUUAAGUUCAUCUGGCCGGAGGAUGCAGGAGUACCUGACUUUACACCAGUCUUUGGAAUAACUUUGACUCCCAAACCUUAUUUGAUGAAGAUCCAGCUGAGAGGAAAUCAAUGAUGUUUUCUGCAGAAACUGAAGAAAGUACUCGAUGAUAAAACAGAACAAUAUCUUCGAAGUCCCACACUGUUUAUUUUAAUUGUUACCUGACAAGAUGCUUCAUAAUCUGCUGGUGUGAAUUGCACUGUAUGACUUCCUUCAGAGAAAACUGAUCAUCAGGCAAGUCAAUAAACAGAUUCUGGUUGAACUCUUGGUUAUUAUUACAACAA